AUCGUUUUGUUUCGCUUCUGAUAUCUCUCUAAUAUUUUCAAUUAACGACGUACGACGCAAUGACAGAGACCGAAACUUUCUUGCCACCCAAGAAACGCAUGAGACUUGAUGACGAACCAGAAAAAGCCCAAGUGGUUGCAUCUGCUACAAAGAAGGUUGCCGUUCGAGGCAAGGUCAAGUACAAAGGAGUGGUUCAACUGCAGAACGGUCAUUGGGGGGUUCAAAUCUACACAGACCAGAAAAGGAUUUGGCUUGGAACUUUCAAAUCCGCUGUUGAAGCGGCCAUGGCUUACGACAGCGCAUCCAUCAAACUUGGACGCUUCGAUGUCAACUCGUACCGGAACUUCUCUCGGUCUGAUGUCAGGACACACGAACCGGAAUUCCAAGAUCGCUUCACAACAGAAUCUUUGUUGAACAUGAUCAGAGAAGGAUCUUACCAACAAAAAUUCAGAGAUUUUCUCAGGAGCCGAUCUAAGAUUGUCGGUGGAUCAAAACAAGUCGUCAGAGGAGAAGAAUCGAACAAGGAAUCGAACAAGGGUUGCUCUCGCACGGAGCUUUUUCAGGAGUUGACACCGAGCGAUGUAGGGAAACUGAAUAGGCUUGUGAUACCUAAGAGGUACGCUGUGAACUAUAUGCCUUCCAUAAGACCAAAGGAGAAAGAAGAGGGUGAAAUAGUGGAAGGUGUGGAGAUUGUGUGUUACGACAGCGAAUUCAGACAAUGGAAAUUUAGGUAUUGUUACUGGAAAAGUAGCCAGAGCUUUGUCAUCACCAGCGGUUGGAAGAGUUUCGUGAGGAAGAAGAAACUCAAGGAGAAGGAUGUCAUCAGCUUUUACACUUGCGAUGUUAAGACAUUAGAAGGUCAAAUCAAGCACUCCUUGAUGAUUGAUGUUCAUUACUCUUCACACAAUGGUUCCGUGGUCCCUGAGGAAGCAAACAUGACGGUUCAUGAUAGUUCAGAGGAAGGAAUGAAAACUGAAAAAUUCGUGAUCUCCAAGUUAAAAGAUGAAGAGACCAAAACAGAGGAGAACAAAGGAAGCUUUCUUCUGUUUGGUGUAAGGAUCCAAUGUUCUUAG